AUGAUUCCCAUGAGCCCCCGUGCCCCGGCGUUGAUCGUUUGGAGUCUUAUUUUGCUUGCCAUUGCUGCCACGGCCGUUGUUCUGCGAGUAGUUUCAACACAUAUUCGACGCCGGCCCUUUAAGGUCCAUGAUUACCUCGUCUUUCUCUCGCUGUUUGCCCUAGUAGGAUAUGUUGCAGAUGUCCUCAUGGGCGCCAUCAUCGGGGGGUUCGGUGGGCAUACAGUGAGCAUGGCCAAGGAACACCCAGAGCAGGUGACGAUUGCCUUGAAAACAUUUUUCGCCUCGGAAUGGUUUUGGGCGACGGCAACAGCUUGUUUCCGUUUGGCCAUUCUCCUGCUGUACAUCGAGAUCUUCCCGGGCCAUGACACUUUUUUCUGGUGUGCCACGGCUGUUGCUGGCCUGGUCUUCCUGUACUGGGUUGCCUCGAUUUUGACAAUUGCACUACUUUGCCGUCCAGUGGAGUACAACUGGAAUCGCGCCAUUCCCGGCGUGUGCGGCGAUGUGGUCAAAACCGAAUAUGCCUCGGCCGGGUUCAAUAUGGUCAUCGAUCUGGGAGUGGUACUGCUGCCGCUUCCUAUUGUCUGGCGACUGCAUAUGUCCAGUCGCAAAAAAACCGGGGUCACGGCCUCCUUUGCCCUAGGGAUCAUCACGGCCGGGAUCAAUCUGGGGCGUAUCAUCUCGACCAAGCUCUGCCCGACCAACGACAUCAUUUACUGCGCCCGAGACAGUUCUAUUUUCGUGAUCGCAGAAAUGACCGCAGGGAUCUUGGUUGCGUGCGUGCCCACUCUGGGACCCCUGUUCUUCCGUCGCGCCAAAGUUCCAUCCGCGCGCCCCCAUGGCUUGCCCACGAUUGGCUCUGCCCGCGUGCGUCCCACGCGCCGGGCCCUGAAGCUGGACUCGCUAUCCACGUUUGAUCACACCCAGGAUGACGAGGGGCGCACGGGGUGGAAGGAGCUGGGCGGUCCAGUGGGGUCUGCCCACGCGGUGGGACCCGGCACGCGUCCUCCCACGGUCGACGCGGCAAGGAUUAUGGUGACGCGCGAUCUGGACGUGCAGAGCCUUAACCCCCCGCCUGCAACCCCGGAGAGGUUCUAG